AUGGCAAAGAAUGACCAGGCCAGAAUGACCUCCCUCCUCCUCCUUAUUUCCCAUCCAUAUAUCCCCGCUGCCCCCCAGUGCCCAUGGAGAUCUGGUGUCUCUCAACCAUUGCCUCUAAAAAGAAGAAGCCGUUGUGGGAACAAUGCUCAGUGUUAUGGAGGAACUGGGGGAAUUCUACUGGUGCUCGGUCUCCUGGCACUGGCCAUAUUGCUUGGAGUAGGGUAUGGCACUACGAUAGCGUCAAUAUACAACCAUACAGAAGAUUUAUAUUCUGAAUAUGACGAUGACAAUUCAGUCUCUAUACAAACACAUGACAUUUGCCCCAACAUCUACUGUGACGGCAUAAAGGAUUGUGUUCAUGGCACUGAUGAAUCUAUAUGUAUCAGACUUCUUACUGGCUGUUUUCAAAACAAGGUCAAAACAGCGGAGGAUGGCUGUUUCUUACCAGUUUGCUCCAGUAACUGGAACAAAACUUAUUCUGAUCAGACCUGUGCGCAGCUUGGUUUUGAAAGUUCUUAUGAGACCGAAAUACAAUCAGGUGUCAUUCCUGAGUGUCCAGACGAACAGACUGUCUCCCUGCAGUGUAUAGAGUGCGGUCAGCAGAAGUCUGUUGCACGGAUCAUAGACGGAGAACUGUCUAAACCAGGCGAGUGGCCCUGGCAAGUCUUUCUGCGUUAUCAAAACUCACAUGUUUGUGGAGGAGUUCUUAUUUCUCGGAAUUUUGUGCUGACUGCUGCUCACUGUUUCUUGGGAACUGAGCCCAGUCCAGUUGCGAGCAAGUGGAAAGUCUAUGGUGGAGUAGUGUCCCUCGAUGCUCUUCAACAACCAUAUGAAGUCGCCAAGAUAAUACUCAAUUUUGCCAUAAAUAAUCCAAGGGAUGUAAAUGUGAAGAUCAUUGACACAGAGGUGUGCAACACUCCUGGAUCCUACAGUGGGAGUGUCACUAAGUACAUGCUGUGUGCGGGACACAUGGAGGGAGGAAAAGAUUCCUGCCAGGGUGACAGUGGUGGGCUUUUGGUGUGUGAAAAUAAUGGGGUUUGGACUUUGGCUGGAAUUACAAGUUGGGGAUCAGGUUGUGGCGAUAGGAAUAGACCCGGUGUCUACACUAGAGUGACCAGUGUUCUCCCAUGGAUCUACAGCAAGAUGAUGCAAGAAAUGUCGUGA